AUGGAGACGCCACCGUUGGAGACGACACCGUCGGAGACGACACCGCUGGAGACGCCACCGUUGGAGACGUCACCGUUGGAGACGCCACCGUUGGAAACGACACCGCUGGAGAUGCUACCGCAGGAGACGCCACCGCUGGAGACGUCACCGUUGGAGACGCCACCGUUGGAGACGCCACCGCUAGAGACGUCACCGCUGGAGACGCCACCGCUGGACGCGUCAACGUUGGAGACGCUACGGCUGUACACGCCACCGCUGGAGACGCCACCGCUGGAGACAAUACCGCUGGAGACGCCACCGCUGGAGACAAUUCCGCUGGAGACGUCGCAGUUGGAGACGACGUCACUGGAGACGCUACGGCUGUACACGCUACCGCUGGGGACGCCACCUCUGGAGACAACACCGCUGGAGACGCCGCUGCUGGAGACGCCACCGUUGGAGACAACACCGCUGGAGACGUCACCCAAGACCUGGGCGGAGGACACGAGGCCCCUCAGGACUGGCUAG